GCGGGCCCCGCGUCCGUGAGGAGCCGCCCCUGCCCCGGCCCCGGCCCCGGCCCCGGGCCGCACGGGAAGUGAUGUUGCCCUGACGGAAAAGGCGACUUGCAGCCCAAAAAACGGACGCGGCGCUGCCGGAGACGCGGGGUGGCGGGGCCGGGCAGAUGAACAACGGCUCUUUUUGCAUGACUAUGGUAUUCAAGACAUCUGGACUGCGUGAGGAAACUCUGAGCUGAAGUACCUGUGGGAAAACUACAGAUCCCUUUGCAGUUGUUAAGCUUAGCUCUGUAACGGUGCAAGAGUCGUGUGUUUUGUGUGAUGCCUGCUUGUUCAAAAAGCAUAUUCCCUGUCCCUGUACUGCAAAGGAGAAAUCCUGCACCAAGCCAAUUUCUGUGUCUCCUGAAUUCUCACUAUGUCUGAUGGGGACUAUGAUUACCUCAUAAAAUUUCUAGCACUCGGUGACUCUGGAGUGGGAAAGACCAGCCUUCUUUACCAAUAUACAGAUGGCAAAUUUAAUUCCAAGUUUAUCACAACUGUGGGCAUCGACUUCCGGGAAAAGAGAGUGGUGUAUAGACCAAACGGUCCAGAUGGCGUUGGUGGCAGAGGACAGCGGAUACAUCUUCAGCUCUGGGAUACUGCAGGGCAGGAAAGGUUUCGUAGCUUGACAACGGCUUUCUUCAGAGAUGCCAUGGGGUUUCUUCUACUCUUUGAUCUGACAAAUGAGCAAAGCUUCCUCAAUGUCAGGAACUGGAUAAGUCAGCUACAAAUGCAUGCGUAUUGUGAAAACCCUGACAUUGUAUUAUGUGGAAACAAGAGUGAUCUGGAAGACCAAAGAAUGGUGAAAGAAGAAGAGGCUAAGGAACUUGCAGAAAAAUAUGGAAUACCAUAUUUUGAAACCAGUGCAGCUAAUGGGAAUAACGUAAGCAAAGCCAUUGAUACUCUGCUUGACCUUAUCAUGAAGCGCAUGGAGCGGUGUGUGGAUAAGUCCUGGAUCCCAGAAGGGGUAGUGCGUUCCAAUGGGCACAGCUCUACAGAACAACUGAAUGAAGAGCAAGAAAAAGGCAGAUGUGGCUGUUAACUCAGUUACAAUUAAAUUUAAUGUAUAUGCUAAAGUAUAGUACAGUUGUAGCUUAACUGUUUAACUUACAGACAAAUCCCAUUGAGUAGUUAUUUAAUGAGCUAUAUUAACUCUUAAUAUUAAUUCUUGGGUUUUCCUCUCAAACAACAUAGACCUUUGCUUGCAAGGUAUGCAGCUUAUUAGUCAUGGGACAGAAAUUCAUCAGUUUGGUGUAGCACUGCAUAUUUCCCAAAUUCUUUACUUUGGAGGGAAGGAGAGAAUAGUUUUCAUUAACAAAGGUAGAAGCAUCUCUCGGUAUGGGCAGUGAGAGAAGGUAGGUUUCUGAAUUGAAGAGUAGCCUUUUAGAUUAGAUACUGUGACAACUCUUAGUUUUUACAAACAGCAAGCUUACCAACAAGAAAUACGUUCUUGAUUUUUAGUAGAACAGUUCUUGAUUCUAUUUUAACAGAAACAUUUAAUCAUUUCAUGAAUCAAUGACAAUCAUAAAGAACAAAUCCUGUAUUCAGCAAAACCCUGCAAGUAGCUUUUCAUUGUUUUUCAAACCAUCGGUAUUUAGUGGCGAUGGCCAAAAGAAAGCUAUUUUACAUGGAGUGUAAAACUUUAUAGAGAAGCAUGUGGGUGCAUAUGUAGAGCACUUUAGGUAUGUCAUGAAACUGAACAUUUAAACUACAACUGUACUAUGUAAAAUAUAGCCAACACAGCCUAUGAGACCUCCUGACAUAAUUUGAAUUUCCAGAACAUGCAUAUACAUAUAAAUAUGUGUAAAUGGCAUACGUGUACGUCUGUUAUGUUUCUUUUAUAUUACCAGUCAUGUUUUAACAGGAAUGUGGGGUAACCUAGAUGUCAGCAAAAUUUCGUCAGAACUAAUGCUUUGUACUGAAUUUGUUUUACCAAACACAGAUUUGGAAUAUUUCUUCAGAUUUGGAUUGAAAAAUGAAUAAUGAUUCUCCUAUGGUGAAAUGCAGCUAAGAUACCAGUUCUGUCUAAAUCAGUAUUUCUAUAAAUUUAUGAUGCUUAUUUUCUGCAGCCAAGUUUUGUGUCAUGUACAUCUUGGUUAUUAUAUAUUCAUUUAUGACUUGUUUGUUUCCUUUAGGUUGUGUUUAAAAAUGAAUAGAGUUACUUUCCCUCCUCGCCCCCGGUAGAUCAACUGAAUGUCAAUUUUGGUUUUGGUGGAUCAUGUUACUUGUUGAUCAUUUUUAUUUAUUCUUGAAGCAACCUAAGGAACAAUCAGUAUUUUAGGUCUUUUUUUUUUUUUUCCAGACUGAUUUAUAAGAUGUGCCUACCAAGCUGUUUUCUACCCUGGCAGAGGUUGUAUAACUCUAAAGUAUUGCCAAUUAAAGUCAUAACAUACCACAUUGAGUCUUUUUACAGACUUUCCACAGCAGCUUGUUUACAAACUCCAAAGCUAUUACUUCUUUAGAAAUUACAUAUUUAUUUAUUUAAAUAUUCUGUCUGUUUGGCUACUGCAGUUUCAGGCAAGUGUUUUUAUCGGUUGUGAACAUGAAUUGCAAUGUAACAUCUUUUGAAGGACCAAAAAUGUUUCUACAACAGGAGGUAAUCAAAAGAUUAUAUACAUGAUGUAGCCUCUGGCUAUAUUAAGAAUGCAAGAGUAAGUGUUAAAAUUUGGUUCUUAAAAUAUUUUUGCAAAAUAAUGUAUUCUUCUCUAACAAACACAACAUGUAAAUAUUAAAUUUUUAUCACAACAUACACAGAAUAUUUUGAAAGUGCAAUAUAAUUUGACUGCUCUGAGGCUAAGACAGAGAUUAAAGCAAUUUAUAUUGAAUAAAUACAUUUUUUUCUACUGCACCACAAUAUCAAGGUUCUGAAAUGCUUGUGGACCGGAGUUACUGUAGUUUAAUUCAGAGUGCCUUUUGAAGUUACCAUCAUGUUUCUGACCAGUAAAGUAUCAAACUUGACUGUAGGACACAAUGUGUUUCAAUGUACUUUGGUGUCUGAAUUUAUUUUAAUGUAACUCUUUGCUUUUCAGAGGGUUGAAGUGGAACUUUGUCAGGCAUUGACUUUAAUGGAAGUUCUUGUGUUUAUAGCUCCAUCCAGUUCCUGAAAACAGUAAAUAUUGCAACCAACUACUGAGCUAAGUGACUACUGAAAUGGUGUAAAAAAUAUUUCCUUUUGGAUACUUAUGUUUAGAUUGGAUAUUAAAUAUUAAAUACUGAAACUGUCAUAUUUUUGUCAUUCAUAUUAUAUGUAACUACUGUAUAGAGUCUACAUAAAAUUGCUUUGAUGUAAGCC